AUGGACAACGCGACGAGACAACCAAUGGAGCAGGACCAGAUUCAAUACUGGCCUGAGUCAUUUGCCAUCCACCAGCAACAACAGAAAUAUCCAUCUUCGCCUCUUCCCAAUGAUCAUACCCUCGCCCAUCCUGUACCUAAAGCGUUGCACCUCCAGAACAGUAAUUUUUCUAUUUUCGGGCACGAUGAAAGCAACAUCUAUCCAAAACGUGAAGUUGUUUCCCCUAUGACAGGAUCCAACCACAGCACAGAAGACCUCAAUCUCUUCAACACACAGAGCUCCCCCAAUAGCUCCGUAACGACAUUCGAUGAACCUUGUUUCACUCCAAUGUCUAGCACAUUCAGCACCAUGAACCCCACAUCGUGGGCUUCAUCGUCAUUAUCCUCAGCUUCCUCGACCUCUUCCUCGUUUUCUUCACAGAACUAUCAUCAUCAAGCAUCAGAUGCAGCGACAAUGGGAACAUGGGCCAACGUCCCUCACUAUCUGCAACCCUCGAGCCAUCAUCUUCCUCAAGCUAUCGACGCAACUUGGGAUGUAGCUCAGCCGACAAACGAGGAUAUGAUGAUGUUUAACGGGCUGCCGUGGCUGGACUUCAACACGGACGAGAUCCCCACAUACUUCACCAGUCCUGUUCCUGAAGUUACAGACCACAAAGCGAUGUCCUACCCUUCAUUCACUCAUCAGCACCAGAACAUUCAACCGCAACCACUCCAGCCGCAGCUCCAACCUCAUUUCUACACCACGACCCCAGCCACCACCACGACCGCUGCUCCCCGAUCAACGGCUCCAACUCCUUCCAGCACCCGAAAUGCAUUCUUGAUAGAGUGUAAACGCAGGGGUCUGUCUUACAAAGACAUAAAGCGACUAGGCGGAUUCAAAGAGGCAGAGUCAACUCUGCGUGGUCGUUUCCGUACCUUGACCAAGACCAAGGAGCAGAGGGUCCGCAGGCCCCAAUGGGAAGAGAGAGAUAUUCAACUGCUUUGUGAAGCUGUGAGCAUCCUUUCUUCCGAAAGGGGACGCCACACGUACCGGCGGAGCUUCAAGCACAACUCUCUGUGCCGAGGACAAGGGUGUGGUUGUCCUGCCCAUCUUCAUACUGCGGAUGCAGAUGCAGGUGCAGGUUCCGAGAGUGGAAUUCCCAAAGUGUCGUGGAAGAAAGUGGCGGGUUAUAUUUGGUUACGCGGGGGAUCGUAUCAUUUUGGCAACGCCACUUGCAAAAAAAAGUGGUGCGAUGUUCACAACAUUGAGCUAAAAUAA